AUGUCCGGAACGCCACAGAAGAACAAGAGGUCAGCAAGUAUAUCCGUUUCACCUGUAAAGAAAACAGAGGAAAAAGAACUAAACCAUAAUGAUUCAAAAAUGACAUUGUCCAAGCAAGCCAAGAGGAAAAAAAAAUAUGCUUUCGCCCCUAUAAAUAACUUAAAUGGGAAGAAUAGCAAGAUAUCGAAUGCAGGUGUUUUAAAGUCAAUAUCGGUUUCACAGGUACGAAAUACAUCAAGAACUAAAGAAAUAAACAAAACAGUUAGCAAGAGCGCAAAACCAUUGUCCAAUUCGCAGGUUAAACUGAAGCGUGAAGUGUCGAAUUUGAGCAGACAUCAUGAUUUCGCUCAUGAAGAAGACGGUCCCGUGGAAGAAGUAAUCUGGAAAUAUUCGCCUCUACAGCGAGAUAUGUCUGACAAAACAACAAGUGCUGCCGAAUAUUCGGAUGACUACGGAGAUGUCCAGAAUCCAUCUUCUACGCCUAUAGUCCCCAAUCGGUUGAAAACUGUUCUCAGUUUUACAAAUAUCCACGUACCCAAUGCUGACACAAAUCAAUUCGUCCAAGAAAAUGAAGAUGGGCAAGUUCGUCCUAAACUAGCAGACAUAUCUCCCAGGGGGUCUCUCCGUAAUAUAGAUGAUAUUCUUGAUGAUAUAGAGGGCGAUUUAACCAUAAAACCCACAAUGACGAAAUUCAGCGAUUUGCCAUCUUCACCCAUCAAGGCACCCAAUGUUGAACAACAACCAGAGGUUGUUGUAGAAGCAGCAGAUAAUAUAAAUACCACAGGCGAUAGUAACGAUGGAGAUGACUCAUUGAUAGAUAUUUUAACUCAAAAAUAUGUUGAAAAACGCAAGGAUGAGGUUCAAAUGACAACUGAAAGCAACGUUAAUCAGAGGAAAAGAGCUCAGGAAUCCUGCAAAGAAGAUGAAAAGAUAGAAAUGAGCAAAGAAAGUAAUGAUAAUAAAAAUGUAGAUAAUCAAGUCAAAACAGAAAAUGCAUUCGAUAAAAAUCAAGAAGACAGAAUAUACCAAAGAACCGAAGAAAAUGAAGAAAAAGAAGAAAAUCCUUCAGACGAAUUUUCAGACGAUUCACUAAUUGAACUACUAAACGAAACUCAAACACAAGCUGGAUCCAAUGCUAUUGAAAAAGAAAUUGACAAAGUAGAGAAAAUGGUCUCUAACGACUUGAAAGUUGCUACUGAUCCCGCUUUGUCCACAUAUGCCCUCAGAGCCAAGUUUGGUGCCCCAAGAGACGGCGUAGUACGAUUAGUAAUAGUAAGUUUACGUAACGUUGAACUGCCAAAAAUUGGAACGCAAAAAAUACUAGAGUGUAUAGAUGGCAAAGGCGAACAAAGCUCUGUUGUCGUCCGACAUCCUUGGGUAUAUUUGGAAUUUGAAGUUGGAGAUGUAAUACAUAUUAUAGAAGGGAAGAAUAUUGAAAACAAACGCCUUCUUUCUGAUGACAAAAACCCCAAAACUCAACUGGCCAACGACAACCUGCUGGUGUUAAACCCUGAUGUAUUAUUUUCAGCAACAUCAGUCGGAAGCUCAGUAGGUUGUUUGAGACGUGCAAUUCUGCAAAUGCAAUUUCAAGACCCCCGCGGAGAACCAAGUCUGGUCAUGACUUUAGGCAAUAUCGUACAUGAGUUAUUACAAGAUUCAAUCAAGUACAAGCUCUCACACAGUAAAAUUUCUAUGGAAACCAUUGUGCAAAAGCUGGAUUUUUUGUUAGAAACUUAUUCAUUCUCAAUCAUCAUUUGCAAUGAAGAAAUCCAGUAUGUUAAAGAAUUAAUUAUGAAAGAGCAUGCUGAAAAUAUUUUGUAUUUUGUCAACAAAUUCGUUUCGAAAAGCAACUAUGGUUGCUACACAUCCAUCUCAGGAACUAGAAGAACACAGCCAAUUUCAAUAUCCAAUGUGAUUGAUAUUGAAGAAAACAUUUGGUCUCCAAUUUAUGGUCUUAAAGGGUUCCUAGAUGCAACUGUUGAAGCUAAUGUUGAAAACAAUAAAAAGCACAUCGUUCCUUUAGAAGUGAAGACUGGGAAAUCCAGAAGUGUUUCAUACGAGGUUCAAGGCCUAAUUUAUACUCUUCUACUGAAUGAUCGUUACGAGAUACCGAUAGAUUUUUUCCUUCUUUAUUUUACAAGGGAUGACAAUAUGACAAAGUUUCCAUCUGUUCUGCAUUCCAUUAAACAUAUUCUCAUGUCCCGAAAUAGAAUGAGUAUGAGUUUUAAGCAUCAGCUCCAAGAGGUUUCUGGACAGGCUCAAUCAAAAUUUGAAUUACCACCAUUACUGCGUGAUUCAUCUUGUGAUUCAUGUUUCAUGAAAGAUUCAUGCAUGGUGUUGAACAAAUUGCUAGAGGACGGAACAUCAGAGGAAAGUGGCCUGAUAGAAGGUGAGUUUGACAUUUUAACGCAACAUUUGUCGCAAAAUCUCGCAACCUACAAAGAAUUUUUUACAAAAUAUAAUGACCUAAUAACAAAGGAGGAGUCAAGUGUAACAUGCGUCAAUAAAGAACUCUUCUUAUUGGAUGGUUCUACGAGAGAAUCCAGAAGUGGAAGGUGCCUUUCUAAUUUGGUUGUGUCAGAGGUGGUUGAACAUGAGAAAAAUGAAGGGACAUAUGUAUAUUGCUUCUCAAGACGUAAAAAUGAUAGCAACUCACAGUCGAUGUUAUCAUCUCAAAUUGCCGCCAAUGACUUUGUGAUUAUCAGCGAUGAGGAAGGCCAUUUUUGCUUAUGCCAAGGUCGCGUGCAAUUUAUAAAUUUGGACAAGAUUGGUAUCUCCGUAAAACGAAAGUUAUUGAACAACCGGCUUCUAGAUAAGGAAAGAGGAGUUACAACCAUCCAAAGUGUAGUUGACUCUGAGCUAGACCAAUCCAAUCUCAUAGCUACUCAAAAUUCAGUGACAUAUAGGAUCGACAAAAAUGAUAUCCAACAGAGUUUGUCUUUGGCGCGAUUCAAUCUCUUGAGUUUGUUCCUACCAGCUGUUUCACCUGGCGUGGAUGUUAUCGACGAAAAAAGCAAAUUAUGUCGGAAAACAAAGAGAUCCGAUGGAGGUAAUGAAAUACUACGAUCCCUUUUAGUUGACAAUAGAGCACCAAAGUUUAGAGGUGUAAGCGAUGACCCCGUAAUUCCAUACAAGCUUCCAGAGGAUAUAAAAUUGAAUCUGGAUCAAAAAGAGGCGAUAGACAAAGUAAUGAGGGCCGAAGAUUAUGCAUUGAUAUUGGGAAUGCCGGGGACUGGUAAGACUACUGUUAUAGCAGAAAUUAUUAAAAUUCUUGUUUCCAAGGGGAAAAGGGUGCUUUUGACAUCAUAUACACAUUCUGCAGUGGAUAAUAUUUUAAUCAAAUUGAAGAAUACCAGAAUUAGCAUAAUGAGAUUGGGCAUGAAACAUAAGGUUCAUCCUGAUGCGCAGAAAUAUGUGCCGAAUUAUGCGUCAGUCAAAAAUUACAGCGAUUAUUUGAUUAAAAUAAACAGCUCCUCUGUUAUUGCUACGACCUGCUUAGGAAUUAACGAUAUAUUAUUUGCAUUAAAUGAAAAGGAUUUUGACUAUGUGAUUUUGGAUGAAGCAAGUCAAAUUUCAAUGCCGGUCGCUUUGGGGCCCCUGCGAUAUGGAUAUAGGUUUAUUAUGGUAGGAGAUCAUUAUCAACUACCGCCAUUAGUCAAAAACGGUGCAGCUCGAUUGGGAGGAUUAGAGGAAUCAUUGUUCAAAACGUUCUGUGAAAUGCAUCCGGAAAGUGUUGUAGAACUGACUUUUCAGUACCGUAUGUGUGGCGAUAUUGUAACGUUGUCUAACUUCCUAAUAUAUGAUAAUAAAUUAAAAUGCGGGAAUAACGAAGUUUUUGUUCAAUCUUUAAAAUUACCGAUGCCUGAGGCCUUGUCACAAUUUAGGGAUAAGUCGGUUAAUUCCAAGCAGUGGCUUGAGGAUAUCUUAGAGCCGACGAGAAAAGUCAUAUUUUUAGAUUAUGAUAACUGCCCCGAUAUUAUGGAACAAAGCGAAAAGGACAAUAUUACGAAUCAUGGGGAGGCAGAAUUGACCCUACAAUGUGUGGAAGGGAUGAUUUUGAGCGGCGUACCGUGUGAAGAUAUUGGUGUAAUGACGUUAUAUAGAGCGCAGUUAAGAUUACUGAAGAAGAAAUUCAGUAAAGAUGUAUAUGAAGGGCUUGAGAUCUUGACUGCUGAUCAGUUUCAAGGUCGUGACAAGAAGUGCAUUAUUAUUUCCAUGGUUAGAAGAAACUCUCAAUUAAACGGGGGAGCGUUACUGAGGGAGCUAAGAAGAGUCAAUGUUGCCAUGACUAGGGCCAAAUCUAAGCUGAUCAUUAUAGGUUCAAAAAGUACAAUUGGUUCUGUUCCUGAGAUAAAAUCAUUUGUAAAUUUGUUAGAAGAGCGUAAUUGGGUCUAUACAAUGUGCAAGGAUGCGCUAUACAAAUACAAAUUUCCUGACAGAUCAACCGCUACCGAUGAAGCGCGCAAAGGUUUUGAAAAAAGAACAGGUGCCAAACCCAUCACAUCCAAAUCUAAGUUCGUAAGCGAUAAACCUAUCAUAAAGGAAGUUCUACAAGAGUAUGAAAGUUGA